AUGGUCAUUGCCAAGGUUGGAAGUCUUCCAGUCAUUCAGUGGGCCAAAAGUAAAGGAUAUCCAUUGUCUCAGAGAACGUGCAAUCAAGCUGCUAGACUUGGACACUUGGACAUCCUCAAGUGGGCACAUGAAAAUGGAUGCCCUUUGGCUAAACGCAUGUUCAAUUCAGCUGCGAUUGGUGGACAGUUGAACGUCAUGAAAUGGUUGCGUGAAAAUGGCUGUAAAUGGGGCAAACAAACUUGUUGUUGUGCUGCAUAUGCUGGACAUUUGGAAGUACUGAAAUGGUUGCUGGCCAAUGGCUGUCGUCGGAGUGGAAAAAUAUUUAGAGCUGCUGCUCAAGGUGGACAUUUGGCAGUGUUGAAAUGGUUGAGGGAGAAUGGAUGUCCGUGGGAUAAAAUGACAUGUGCUCUUGCCGCUAAAGCUGGACAUUUGGAAGUACUGAAAUGGUUGAGGGAGAAUGGUUGCCCCUGGAAUGAACAAGCUUGUCGUGCUGCUGCUCAGGAAGGACAUUUGGAAGUGUUGAAAUGGUUGAGGGAGAAUGGGUGUCCAUGGGAUAAAAUUACAUUUGUUCUUGCCGCCCUAGGUGGACAUUUGGAAGUACUGAAAUGGGCCAGAGAAAAUGGUUGCCCCUGGAAUGAACAUACUUGUCAUGUUGCUGCUCAGGAAGGACAUUUGGAUGUGCUAAAAUGGGCCAGAGAACAUCAAUGCCGGUGGGGUGUGAAAACCUGUUUUAUGGCGGCUAGACAUGGUCACUUGGAACUCCUAAAGUGGGCCAGAGAAAAUGGUUGUCCAUGGGAUGAAUCCACAUGUGCUGGUGCUGCUAAAGGUGGACAUCUGGAAACACUGAAGUGGGCAAGACAGAAUGGCUGUCCUUGGGAUCAUAAGACACUUGACAAUGCACAAGAGUACAACCACACGGACAUGUUUGAUUGGGCUCGUGCAAAUGGCUGCCCAUCUACCGGUACCCAUGCCGGUACCUUUGUUGUGGGGGAUUCCAAUGUGCAUAAUUAG